AGGAGGGGCGGAGGGACGACGCGGGCCGGGCCAGCUGGGUCCGCUACCGCAGCGCCCGCCGCCCGCCGUGCGCGCCACGUUCCCGAGGACUCUUCCGGGCGCCGGGCUCCGAGACAGCAGCACCGCCCCACCAGAGCCGACCCGCAGGCAAAGUGCUUUGAAGAGCUCAUACACGUUGGUGAUUCUCACUGAAGAGGCCUGUGGAAGUUAUUUCAACGGACACUUAAUCUCCUGCUGCCUUUGUUUGAAAACCAAGAAGUGGUGCUGAUUUAAUAGCCUGCCAUUCUCCUAACACUGUUAUGAGAAAAAUAAUUUCCAUUCUGUCCUUUUUAACCUGAGUGUGAAACUUCGACUUUUAACAUACUUGUUCACUCCUUCACCUUCCAUAAAGAUGUCUGAACCUGACCCUUCCUCUGGAUUUUCUGGAAGCAUAGAGAAUGGAACUUUCCUUGAGCUGUUUCCCACCUCCCUGUCCACGUCGGUGGACCCAGCCUCGGGCCAUCUGUCAAAUGUCUACAUCUAUGUGUCCAUAUUCCUCAGCCUUCUAGCUUUUCUGCUUCUCCUUUUAAUCAUUGCCCUCCAGAGGCUCAAAAAUAUCAUCUCCUCCAGUUCCUCCUACCCAGAGUAUCCAAGCGACGCUGGAAGUUCUUUCACCAAUUUGGAAGUCUGCAGCAUUUCUUCUCAAAGGUCCACUUUUUCAAAUCUUUCAUCAUGAAGAAAAUGGAAGAUUCUGUGAAUGUGGCAACAGCCUGGGCCUCCCCACACGGAAGUGUCGCAUGGAGCAUCGCCUCACGAAAGCAGUGACCCUUGUGGCGUCCGCUGCUUCCCCUUCAUCUCCCCUGUCUUUUCUGUUCGUGGGAGUGGAGAAGCUGAUGCUAACAGAAAUGUGUGCAAACUGCAGUGGGUAGAACUUCACAGCGGCUGCUCAGCAAAUGUCGGGUGGGCUUCUUCAGGCAGAUAGUUCAUUUCACUUUGCUGGACGCCCCGGACCCACCCGAGGCAGCCUCUAAGUGGCUGCUGGAGAUGACUUCCUGGGCUUCAUUUCUGUUAUGAAACCGUGAAGCCCACAGAACCUGCAAAAAAUGGCAAAAUUAAGUCUGAACUAUUUUGGAGACAUUCUCCCUAUGUAAAAGAUAAAGUGGAGACUCCAAAUUAAAAAGACAGAGCAAGAGAAUCCAUUUAGAUUUAACGUAUCACAUUUCUAAAACUGACGAUAAAUUAUGCUUAAUAUUUUCUUUAAUUUUACUUUAACAAAUGAAGGUCACAUUUAUUAAUGAGUGUACAUCAUUUGGAAAUGUUUUAGAAGAGUUUAACUGUUAAUAGCAAGACAAACAUUGUUAGGAUGCAAUUUGUAAUGUAGUUCUGCCUCUUGGUUUUUUUUCUUUUCUAUUUAUGUUGUAGUCAUAAUGCCCUAAGAUUGUGGAACUCUUUGUGAUAAUUGCUGUUACUAUUACUAAGAGAAGCAUGAGAAGAGACACUUUAUAUCUGUAAUUUCCAUCAGCAGGAAUUAAGCAUAUGGAAACUAUCCAUUUAGUUGUCUUUUAUACAGUAAUAACUCUGAGCAGUCGGGUACAUUCAUUUAUUCAGUUUCAUAGUCCUUUAGUGCAGAAUUAGAUCAAGCCCCAACAUGUCUGAUAUUUGUUCAUUCACAUUAGCUUGCAAAACUUAGAGACUAAAUCGCAAUGUUAUUAUCUAUUCCAUGAAUGUUACGCAUCUCUGGUAAUUAGUUCUCAUGUGUUAAUGUAAUGUACUGCAUUAGGAUUCCAGAAUGUGGGUUUAUAUUUAAAAUUGCAAUAGCUGGGAGCUUCCCUGCUGGGGUCAGCCACGUACAUCUGAAUUCAGCAGGGAGGCUCAGGAUUAUCCAUGAAAUGAGGUAUGCACGUGAGUACAGACAUGGAAGGUGGACGAAAUCAAGCUACCCUGGAAAACAAAAACAAAGCAAACAAACUACAGCUUCUUACGAGUAAGAAUUUUAAUUUAAUUUUAAAAAUAAAUGGCCCACAGCAUAAACACUAAACUCGCCCAACCUACAGGAGGCCACUGCUUCACAUGCCUCAGUCUUCCCAUGACAACAGAAUCAUUCCUUGUCCAAAACAUUUAAUAAUCUUAAUGAGUGAAGCUUCAAUACACCCUGGGGUUAAACUACGCAGUCAUCACUCUCCAAGGACUAGAAAGGGAAAAAGGAAUCCACCAUUUUCAUCUAUCUGUUGUUUUAAAAUGCUGAGAGAGUUGAGGGCUAGGAGUGGAGGCUUCCUCUUCUUUUAAUCCAUAAGCCUCACUUAAAUCAGAACACAUUUAAUUAUUUAUAUGUCAAAAAUGUCUUCAGACACCAUAAGUCCAGCACAGAGUUGCUGCCCUAAAAUGUAUAAUUAGUGAAAAAUUUGUCUCUGCUACCAUUUAAAGCAUGGCAGUGGGUUGGGUGUUAUUAUGUAGUAUAAAAGCUGGACUAGAGACACGGCUAUUUUAGAGCAGUAUUAGCAUUCUCCAAGUAUGUGUGUGUGUGAAUAUAUAUCACAUACUCCCAAUUAAAAGUUGUGUGACAGCCACACAGGAUUACGGAGACAACUAUAUCAUCACUUUUGCUCUUUGAUCUUGCGCUAUUUUGGUUAUUGAGAGAAAAAAGCACAUGGGUGAAGUGGUUUUAAACAAUAAGAGAACAAUUUUGCCCCACACAACAGGACAAUCUGAGCAUGAUCUGUCCCAAGGGGUAGCUUUACAUCCUUUCCAGAGAUGGAAAGGCUUCUGACAGCAAAACAACUGCAAAAAUCAAAUCAAAUGAAAUCCGCAAGCAGACUCCCGCCCCUCCCCUGCCACGGUGGUUCUUACUCUGAACGUUAAGUAGAGUAAUUAGAAGCAAUAUUCAAAGAUGCAAAACAGGGUUUGUCAUUACAAGCUUGCCAACGUAACAGAUUGUACAACUUGAGAUGCAUUUGUGUUGUUUCAGAAGUUCAGAAAGGUUGGAGGAUGGGUUUAUAAAUAAAGCA